AGAUAUAUUCCGCAGUCAUCGUCUUCCUCGCGGUCGACGGAGUGCGAGAUUGAGAGAGGGGAGAGAGAGAGCGCGCUUUGCGAACAGAAGCAUGUCCGGAGGCAUCGCUCGUGGCCGCCUCGCCGAGGAGCGCAAGGCCUGGCGCAAGAACCACCCCCACGGUUUCGUGGCAAAACCUGAGACGCUGCCUGAUGGCUCCGUUAAUCUCAUGACGUGGCACUGUACCAUUCCCGGCAAGCAGGGGACUGAUUGGGAAGGUGGUUAUUUCCCUCUUACUGUCCAUUUCAGUGAGGACUAUCCUAGCAAACCUCCAAAAUGCAAGUUUCCUCAAGGUUUCUUCCAUCCUAACGUUUACCCUUCUGGAACUGUAUGCCUAUCAAUUCUUAAUGAAGACAGUGGAUGGAGACCAGCCAUUACCGUGAAACAGAUAUUGGUUGGGAUUCAAGACUUGCUUGAUCAGCCAAAUCCUGCUGACCCUGCCCAGACUGAUGGUUAUCAUCUCUUUAUUCAGGAUCCAGUGGAGUAUAAAAGAAGGGUUCGGCAACAAGCCAAACAGUAUCCACCACUACUCUAGUUUGGCCUUGUGGUAGUGUCUGCCUCUUCAGGCCAUCGAGUGGUUGUACUGUUUCUGGUAGUCUGUGUCCAGAGUGGAUACUGGAUAUAUUCUGAUUGGCUUGCAAUAACAUUAUUGCAAAAGGAUAUGUUGCUCAAAAUAUACUGUGACUAGGACAUGGCUUGCACUGUGAUGCCAGUGGUUUGUGGUAAACAUUAACCUUUCGGGGACCAUGGUUGUCGGAACUAAAUUCAUCUGCUUGUCCUUACUGUCAUCCUGAAAUUAUUAGCUUGUUACCUCGGUGAAACAGUAUCUGUUACGGUUUUGCGAGAAUAUGUAUCUAGUUUUGAACCGUUA